AGAAGGAGCAUGUCAGUGCUCGGAGGCCCUUCCUGGAUUUGUCACUCCACGGCCAAGACCAACCUUUUGCUGUGGAUGGGGCUGGCGUCCAUCUAUGUGGCCACCAUUCAGGCCCAGCAGCAUCCUGUGGUCACAACCAAUUAUGGAAAAUUGCGGGGAGUGAAGGUUACCUUACCCAAUGAGAUCCUGGGACCAGUGGAGCAGUAUUUGGGGAUACCGUAUGCGCUGGCCCCGACUGGGGAACGAAGGUUCCAGCCACCAGAGCCACCCAUGUCCUGGCCGAGCAUCAGGAAUGCUACUCAGUUUGCUCCGGUUUGUCCUCAGUUCUUAGAGGACCGCUUUUUGCUCAAUGAUAUGCUCCCUGUGUGGUUCACCGCCAACUUGGAUACAGUGGUAACCUAUGUGCAGGAGCAGAGCGAGGACUGCCUUUAUCUGAACAUCUACGUCCCCACAGAAGACGACAUCCAUGAUGAGAACGGGUUAAAGCCAGUCAUGGUUUACAUCCAUGGAGGCUCCUACAUGGAGGGAACCGGCAACAUGAUUGAUGGCAGCAUCCUGGCCAGCUAUGGAAACGUCAUUGUCAUCACAAUCAACUACCGGCUUGGAGUUCUGGGGUUUCUAAGCACAGGAGACCAGGCAGCCAAGGGCAACUACGGCCUGUUGGAUCAAAUCCAGGCUCUCAGGUGGAUAAAAGAAAAUAUCCAGGCCUUUAAAGGAGACCCGAAGAGAGUGACCAUUUUUGGCUCUGGUGCCGGAGCAUCGUGCGUCAGCCUGCUCACCCUUUCACAUUACUCAGAAGAUCUGUUCCAGAAAGCUAUCAUCCAGAGUGGCACAGCACUAUCCAGCUGGGCGGUCAACUACCAACCUGCCAAGUACACGCGAGCCCUGGCUGAAAAGGUGGGCUGCAACAUGCUGGACACCAUCGACCUGGUAGAGUGCCUGCAGAACAAGAAUUACAAGGAGCUGAUUGAGCAGUACAUCACACCUGCAAAGUACCACAUUGCCUUCGGGCCUGUGAUUGAUGGGGAUGUCAUCCCGGAUGACCCCCAGAUCCUCAUGGAGCAAGGAGAGUUCCUUAACUACGAUAUCAUGCUGGGCGUCAAUCAGGGUGAGGGGUUUAAAUUCGUAGAUGGCAUCGUUGACAGUGAGGACGGGGUAUCUGCCAAUGAUUUUGAUUUUGCUGUGUCAGACUUUGUGGAUCAUCUCUAUGGCUACCCAGAGGGCAAGGACACUCUGCGUGAGACCAUCAAAUUCAUGUACACAGAUUGGGCAGACAAGGAGAACCCAGAGACCCGGCGCAAGACCCUGGUGGCUCUGUUCACUGACCACCAGUGGGUGGCGCCAGCUGUGGCUACAGCUGACCUCCAUGCCCAGUAUGGCUCGCCCACCUAUUUCUACGCUUUCUACCAUCACUGUCAGAGCGACAUGAAGCCCAGUUGGGCCGACUCAGCCCACGGUGAUGAAGUACCGUACGUGUUUGGAAUCCCCAUGAUUGGCCCCACAGAUCUCUUCAACUGCAACUUCUCCAAGAAUGAUGUGAUGCUGAGUGCCGUCGUCAUGACUUACUGGACAAACUUUGCUAAAACAGGAGAUCCAAACCAACCAGUUCCACAAGAUACAAAGUUCAUCCAUACAAAACCCAACCGGUUUGAAGAAGUAGCCUGGACCAAGUACAACCCCAAAGACCAACUCUAUCUUCACAUUGGUCUCAAACCUCGAGUCAGAGACCACUACCGUGCUACCAAGGUCGCUUUCUGGUUAGAACUAGUUCCGCAUCUACACAACAUUAAUGAAUUUUUUCAAUACGUAUCCACAACCACCAAGAUACCUCCGCAGGACACCACCCCCUACCCCUAUACCAAACGGUUCCCUGGCAAAAACAACUGGCCUUCCACCACCCGCCAUCCAGGUGUCCCACCUGCCAACACCAAACAGACCACUGACCAGCGCAAGAGUGGCGACCUGACUGAUGAGUCUACUGUGGUAAUCGAGACCAAGAGGGACUACUCCACUGAGCUCAGUGUCACCAUUGCAGUUGGAGCCUCCCUGCUCUUUCUGAACAUCCUCGCCUUUGCUGCACUCUACUACAAGAAAGACAAGCGAAGGCACGAGUCCAACCACCGCAUCUCCACCCCACAGCGCAACUCUGCUCCAACCAACACGCCCUCCACCACUAAUAACGUGGCCCACCUGCAGAGCGAGGAGCUGAUGUCUCUGCAGAUGAAGCAGCAGCAGCUGGAGCACGAGCAUCACCACGAGUGUGAGUCCCUGCAGACCCAUGACACACUGCGUCUGACCUGCCCACCAGACUACACCCUCACCCUGCGCCGAUCACCUGAUGACAUACCCCUGAUGACGCCCAGCACCAUCACUAUGAUCCCCAACUCACUGGCUGGCAUGCAGCCUCUGCACAACUUCAAUACUUUCGGUGGCAGCCAGAACAGUACCAACUUACCCCACGGCCACUCCACCACGAGAGUAUAGCUCCACUGAGACUGGAAGGCACCAGAUUUCUUACGGAUCAGCAACUAACCUUGCAAGGCAUAUGAUAAGAUAAAAGUGUGUGAAGCACAGACUCACAAGAUGUUAUUUUGCUACCAUGCCUUCUUAUAAAGUAUAUACAGUAUAUAUUGAUCACAAAGUCAUGAAAAUAUUAAAAGUGAAUGUUACUAUAGUAAUAACUCUGUUUGGAGCUAAGCUUCAUGAAAGAGUUUCAAGAAAUUUUACCAAAAGACAUGGUGACAAGGGGAUGACUGUUAAUAUUCUUACAACACAAAAUAAAGAGUUUGAGUGGGACACACAAGCGUUUUGUGCUAUACAUACACUAUAGGAAGACAGUGGUGGAAGGGGUUGUUGAAAAGCAGCAAUCGAACAUUUGGAACAUCAUCUGUUAAUGAUCCAUGCAUCAGACACCUGACCUGACUGGCACAGAAUUAUACACCCCAGCCUGAAAUGUAUUUAUGGAAACUUUGUAAAAAAAAAAAAUUUAAAAAGAAAGAAAGAAAGAAAAAAGGUAUAUAGUUGUGCGUGGAAAUUUUAAAUUUCAUAAGGAAAAAAAUACAUUAAAAGAGCUCCUAUUAUUAUUCUUUUGGCUGAGAUACUUUGGGUUUUUCUAGCUUGUGCUUUCUGUUUAGGUGCGUGUAAAUAUAACUGAACAUUAUUCAUUGUUUUUCUGAUUACAACCUGUGUUUCAUUGUUUUUUUCACAGAACAACCAAAAUGCAAACACAAUCCCAUCUUUGGAGAGUUACACACACUGCGUUUGCAGGUCAUCACAUACGCUACCGUCUUGUGUGUUGCUUUGUUUCCUCUCUUUUGACAGUGCUUGUCCAGAAGAGCUUUACUCUACAUUUUCAGACAUAUCUCCUGUCUGAGAAUGAGGAGUGACUUGAUCCGAUCACCUACUGUCACCUAAUGUAACGCUUCUGAUCAUUUUCUUUGUGGGCUUUUUCUGUCUUGCAAUCUCAGCACUGCCUGCUUACAAUGUGACCAGCAAUGUAUUAUUUAGAAAUAAAAAAGGCAGUGAA